AUCGGUUUAUUCAUUCUUCGAACGCAAUGAUAAACAAUAAGCCAAGCAACGAGAAGACUAACUAUGGGGUUGCGAAGGGCUCAACUCAUCGCAGGAGUCGAUAUCCUUACACUCAAAUGGUCCUGGCGGUCAGCUUCACGGCACUUCUGACAAGGCAAUUUACAAUACUCUUUGCUCUUCGCUCAUGCGAUAAUGCUAGCGUCUCAACCAACGAUGCGGCGGCGCCUUCCACCCCCAUCGAAAAAUCCUUGUCCUCAUUUUUUGAGGUCGACCGAACCUAUAGCAAACCUAGAUCCGCUUCCGCGCAUGCAUACGCCUCUACUACUGUACGUAGCAACCAAUCCACCCAUCGCGACGAUCAAGCAACGACGAAAAGCAACAAAAAACAAUCCAAAACAAACAGCGACGACGACAACGAAUCCGUCCCGUUUCGAAGAUGGAAACCAUUCAAUUUAGGGACUAAUCCCUUUCCUUGCUAUCCGCCCGGUAUCUAUGAGGGAGACGGACUUCAAAGCGUCCGUCCCUGUCACGAGGGAAUCCUAUUUCAGCGUCCAACUAAGGUUGGAUCUACCACCAUGACGAAUGUUGUCAUGAGGCUGGCCCACAACCGCGGAUCCGAGAUGUUUGGUUAUCAUUUGCGGUUACUCAACACCACAGCAGCCUCGCAGGACGAAUUCGAAAGCCAAAAGAAGAAGCUACAAUCGAACUGGAAAUCUCCCCCGCGCUGCGAAUACCGGUCAAACCAUGGGACCGCGGUCCAACUGGAGUAUUCCCAGCGAAAACCCGGUCGGUCCUUCCUCUUUGGAAUGGUACGAGAUCCAACCAAACGGAUCAUCUCCGAGUUUUUCCACUUUGGGGUGAGCGUUUAUCAGAAGGAACCAACGGACGUGAAUUUCCAAAAUUACGUGCUCCGGAAGCAAGGGGGCAACCCGUUGAUACGGGACAUGACCUUCGACAAGGAUCUGCCCAUUACAAUAACCAAGGAAUGGCAACAGUACCUAGAUCAAUGGAAUAAAUCAAGAGCGGGAGUGGCCCUCGGUGCCUCUGAAGCAGACCCUGUUAGUAGUCCCAACAGUAGCAUAAACUAUCAAACGGUGGUUGCUGACAUUUUGAGGAACUACGAUUUCAUUGCCGUCACAGAACGAAUGGACGAAUCGCUGGUCGCCCUCAAGCUGCUGCUGGGUUUGGACCUUCGCGACGUUUUGUACGUCAAGCCGUCACGGUCGGCCGGGAGCUUUUCCAACGGAUUCAAAGAUCGUCCAUGUGUAUAUCUGGUGCCCUCAUUUCUGACCCCGGGCAUGCACGACUUCUUUCACAAACCAAAUUCAAAUGCCCGCUGGACCGAGUACUCGAAGGGAGACCGCCUCUUGCAUGAGGCCGCGAGCCGUUCCCUCGAUGCGACCAUCGAACAUGUUUUUGGCAGUGAAUUCUUUCGGAAGGAGCUUGAGGACUUUCAUAAAGCUCAGGCCUACGUUGAGGGAAUCUGCGCGGAUCGAAUCGUGGAUAUUUGUGAUCAGAGCGGCCACGACGUAGCCCGUGAUCCGAACAGGACCACCACUUGCUAUAUUUGGUCAGAAGGCUGCGAUCAUGAGUGUUUCGACAACGAAAUCCCUAAUCCUCUGCCAGACUCUGUAUUCGGGCGGUAGAAACGAAGGCAACUUCACAAUGGUACGAAAGUCACCAAAAUAAACCAACAUUUACCAACGACGACUACUCAGAACGAAAAACCAUCGGCUUUUUCGGAGGGGAAAACUUAAAAUGGAAAUGAUUGAUUCCUAGUAGACCGCACGAAAUGAUAAUUGCAAGCCGAAAGGAAACUUAUAAAGAAAUGUUUGUCACCAAUGAAAUAUCGUUGGAGGAUUUGUGAUUGUGUUCCCUCAAACCGGUGGUAGCAUUUCACUUGGAGGGAGGCUUUGUAAAAAAAUAGGCUUGUCGGUGAAAACUAUGGCAAGCUUCAUGUCAGCAUAAAGUUAAAUAAUAAUUUAAACAUAGUUAC